AUGAAGAUGCAAAGGGUAAAGAGAAAAAGUCUUUUGAACAACCAACCUGACAUAAGGAUUAUAGCUCGCCCACUUAGAGCAGAUGGUGAUUCUCGGACGGGGAAAAGCGGCACUCGAAAUCUAUUAAACAACACCAAGAACAAAGCCAUACCAUGCCCUCGGGAUAAACUAGUGAUGAUUGCCAUGAAUGCUGCCCUCGAGGAUGUGUACAAGAGGGUCUUUGCCGAUUCCUAUCAACAUGGUGCACCUCUCAAGGGUGAGACUUUGACCGAAUGA